CUUUGCCAUAUGCUCCCUCCCACUUUCCUCAUAGUGGAGCAACAUCUUUCAGUUAUAAGUGGCGGUCGAGCUCAUAUGGAUAAAUAUCACCGAUAUACGUUGUGCAGUCCUUGUUUCCACCCGUAGGAGGGAGGGAUGCAUGAGGUAUGCAUACGUGAUGGCGACAGAGGCAGUAAUGGAUACAGAGUCCGUACCUGAUACGGUGAGGCGGGAUGUCCGAAGCCUGACCGACGAACUCUUGCUCUGUACGAACCCUACCAAGCUGCUGCAGAGGUUCCGAGACUCUUGCCGCAGAUCUCGCACGUCAAAUGUCUCGUUCGCAAGUCUACUGUCCGAACAAGCGCGCGACCAGAUUGACGACCUCGCCUGGAAGGCGAUUGACGGCAGUAAGCAUAGUCGCACCCGAGGGUUUCUUCGGCGUCUCUUGCGCAUGGACGGCUGGAGCGUCCGACCAGAUCGUCUAGUUAGCGAGUUAGGCCCUGAAAGUAUCACCUCGAGACGCUACGUUGAAAGCCUGCUAGGUCUCGCGGAGCUCACCGAAGCGGAUGCAGGAAUCGAAGAGAUCAAGAAACAGCGAGAACGGCGCCAAAGGCCCACUUCACCCGGUUCCAGAAUACACGGAGCCAGCGCGACAGCGGAUGCUUCGCCAUCAGAUGUCCAGCAAGCUAUAAAGGCUAGAAAAGUCUCAGUCACUCAGCGUCCCAGAAGGUCUCGCAUUACACGCAUCGCUGUACAUCCUCAGUCUCCCAAUCGGCCAAGUCUAACAACCAACAGCGCCAGCACGUCAGGGAUCGCAUCGCCAGUCAGAGAUACCGAACUGUCUGUGGAUUCGACAGGGUUUUAUAGCAUGAGCCCAGAAGUUGGUCGCGCAGCCGGCCUCGAACUGACCCACGAUAUGAGAACUGACAGCUCCGACGACGAUGGCGGUUACGUGCAAUCGGACGCAUCUUCUGUGCCGCAGUCCCAGCGUGCUACUCCACAUAGAAUUGUCUCGCACGCCACCGCUCAAGGUCCAUCGAGAUUGAUGUCGUUCGCGGACUUCGACCGCUUGUCACGAGCAUCUGUGCCGUCAGAGUUCCAAUUUAGCUUGCAUGUACAGGAUGCCGACGUGCCUGACGCUGCUACACCGCAAGCUGUCAUGGCUAAUUUGGACUGUCGAGACGAUCGACAGCAUUCACGCCAUGGACGGCUUGGUAUCUUCGGUCCAUGCGAUCAACACUACGAAAGCCCUCCGCAUGCUUCGAUCAUGCCAGUGGUUCUGGACUCCGAGCAGCAGACUUCGGACUUUCAUCGCGCCAAGCGCCAACGCAUCUCUGGACACGCAGAGCAAUGCCCGACCCCACGGCCGUGUGAUACCAACUCCAGCCGACCCAUUUACAAUGCUGCGCCUCCGCAUGACAGGGCUAAAGCUUCUCAUGAGGACUCAGCACUUAUUACAAUGGCUUUUGAACCUAAUGACAUGGAUUUGGAACAAUCAAACGACAUUCUGGAGCACGACGGAGCGCCCGUCGAAAAGUCGAAGCCACAUCCUGCGACUCACGCACAGCCAGCUACCGAAGGUGCGAAUGCAGCGUCGCCAGCAAACAAAACGAAAGCCAUGCCGCCAUCGCCCGAGCUGCUGACCUCGCAGAUCCUAUAUCAACAACCGCACCUCGCCAGGUGAUGAACCCGACAACACAUCGGCA